AUGGAAGUAUUGGAAUCUAUGUAUCAAAGAACUUUCAAUACAGAAAGGAAUAUUGGAAAUGGAGUAAAUAAUGAUUGCUUUAGAAAAAUAAAGAAAGAAUUCCGUAGAGCAGCAAUAAUUCUUUAUAAGACAAACCUUAAACUUAGUUGCAAAACACCACUAGAUAUGAUGA